UCUUCUGUAGAUGGCAGAGAAAUGACAAUUCAAGACACAUAACCUUGAGUGAACAGUAGUAAACAGAUUUUUCAGCUGAUUAAUUUAUUUUUAAAAUGGGAAGAUUGCAUUGUUGAUUCGUUGUUCAAAGUAUUCACUUGAUAAGUUAAGAUCAGGAUGAGACGCUGGUCAUUAUAACGUGAAAAGUGUUUUUAAUCUGUAUAUUGAAAAUUGUUACGUGCUUUCAAUUACUAGAAAAAUAAUAUAUUUAUUCCUAUUGUUGUAAAAACGAUAGUAUAAGCAUGUUUCGAUAUUGCGUUACGUCAAGCGCAACAAUCGCGAAUAGUACAGUGUUCAAAUUAAGCAUACGAAGGAAAAGUGCUUCUACAAAACGUAAAAGACAGUUAGCAAGCAAUGAAGCAACAGAAGCAAGGCUAACAUCACAUGACACAUCAGUUUGUAAAACUUCUGUAAAUAAUGCAACAUCUAUUGAUUAUACAGUACAUGAACAAACUGAUGAAAAGAAUACUGCAUUAAAAGGAAAAUAUUCAAACUUGUCAUUGGUAUCAGAUAUAGAUGAAUUGAAAACUACAAAUAAGUUUAAACUAAUGGAGAAAUUACAAUCAUUUUCUAUCUUUGGUUCUGAAGCAGCAGAAAGUGAAGGAAUACAGUGUACUGAAGAUAACGAAGAUAAAACAAAACCCAGUAUUCCAAGUGUAACAUACAUUCUCAAUGAGACUAUGUCUCUGAAAGCAAAGGCUGCUUUAGAAUUAUGGAAAAAGAACAUCAUUGAUAAAUUUGGAAAAGACUACUUCAGAAUUUUCUGCAAAGGAUUAUUGGAUGAUGGUAAAUUAUUUCAUUCAUGUAUACAGAACGUAUUGUCGCAUAAAGAAUUUGAAAUUCCGCCUCGCGUCAAAUCGGCAUAUUUCAGCGUGGAACCAAUAUUAAAUGAUAUACAAAAUGUUUACAAACUUGAAACAUACGUGACUCACCCAAUUUUGCGAUACAGAGGAAUAGUAGACUGCAUUGCUUCUUAUAGGGAUCAAGUGUACGUAAUUGAUUGGAAAAAGUCGGGUAAACAGAAGGCAUCGCUGGCAGCAACGUUCGAUGCACCCGUACAACUCGCCGCUUAUAUCGGAGCUAUAAACGCUUCGAAUGAGUACUCGUUCAGGAUAGAUAGGGGUUUGGUUGUCGUCGCUUAUACAAACGGCGAACCCGCUAGCGUUCACGAGUUGAAUAAUAACACUUUACAAAAGGCAUGGGAAGAAUGGUUAAGAAGACUGGAAUUGUUUUACAGGAAGUCGAAUGAAGCAAACUGAUACGCUUACUUUUAUAUUUAAUUCUGUAUUACAAAAUACUCUAAAUAUUUUUUUAUACAAAUAAAUAAUUUAUGUUGGA